UUUGAGAAGCAACUUCUGGACAUGUUGAAGUCCAGAAAACAUCCCGCUGCAACACCACAACCACAAACACCACCACCCGCCAGCGAAACUGAGAAGUUCCUAAUGUCAUUGGUCGGACCCCUGGAACGUUUGCCCGACCAGCUGCGUGAAAGGGCCAAGUUUAAAAUUUAUUCAAUAAUUUAUGAGAUGUCCACUGGCGACAAAGUAAAUGUGUCCGAGCAAUAAGAAGCUCCGAACAUAACUUUUAAAAUGACAGACGCAGAGUCUUGUCUAGAGGGAACAGUCAUGUCUCCAAUUUAUUUUUGUUUUUACUGAUUAUUGGACUUAUAUAACAAUGUGCCUUUUCUUUAUCUUGUAAAUAAAUCCGAUUUUCAACUGAA